AUGUACGCUGAAAACCUUGAGGCAUCGCGCUACAUCUUGAUGUACAUGCUCACCAACUACACCUCACAAGAGUGUGUGGAAACACACAAUUGGUACAUUGCCAAGUUAUGGGACGAAGGCACGAUGAUCUCUCGCGGCGAGCAGAUUGCCGAGUUGGCGUAUCCCCUGUUUCCGGCCUCCAUGAAUGAGCUGAACUCAAAGCUGAUCCGGGCGCAACAAAAGACGGGGACCACGAUGGCGGGAGGAGGCGAGGACCCCGUUAAGGACUUCUACAAAAAACACGAAGAGGAUGUCCUGCACGGUGGAGGCUACAUUCCUGUCUACGAUGCCCAAGGAACCCAGGUCGGAGUGGGUGACCUUGCCGAGUUGGAAAAGCAGCUCAACACGUUCACAGAACAGAUGCAUUGCAACCUGCAGAGGAUGAACAAACAAAUUGAGGACGUCAGAAAACAGCCCACUACCCAAUCAACAUACGCUCGGAGCUACACGACACGUGGAGGCAUGAGGGCCUACAGCGGCCGAGGUCGUGGUUACGGUCGGGGUGGAUACCGUGGCGGCUUCAGAGGAGGAAACAUGGACGAAUGCAUGGAAGGCGAGGACGAGCCAAAAACCGUGGCAAAAAACUGA